ACCAGACAGCAGACGUCUACAAUCUACAACACGGACACAUGACCACAUGAGGGUUGUUCGCUUUUUAAUACCAAAAUACUUAUCAAAUCGAGCUAAAUUGCAUAUGUGAGUGUUAAGAUAGUGUUGGUUUAUUAGUAAAAAGUGAAUUUGCGAGUAUCGCGUUGCGUAAGUGGCGUUUUAGCGUGUUUUGGGUAAAGUGCGCGUUAAAGAGACCUAGAAACGUUGGUUUGUUUGGGGGUGUCUGGAACUGAAGCGCGACGUUUUACGUUUUUUCCCAAACAAACACCUUUCGUUGACCUAUAAACUGGCAGUGCCCUUAUUAUUGCGCAUAAAGAAAGUUCGAAGUGUGCCCUUGAAGCAUGUUAUACGGAAUAAUUACAAAUAGUGUUAUUAUUAUGAAAUAAUAUGUCCCUUAAGAGUAUUGGGCCGCAGCAGCGUGGCGGAGGCGAGGUGCUUCGCACGGGGUUGCUGAAAAAACUGAAAACCUCGCGAAAAAAGUGGUUCGUUCUGAGGGCAGAGACCCAAGAUUCGUCUGCCAGGUUGGAGUAUUACGAUUCCGAGAAGAAAUUCAACGCUGGUCAGGCGCCAAAAAGGAGCAUUCCAUUGAAGACCUGCUUCAAUAUUAAUAAGAGGCACGACACCAAACACAAACAUGUCAUUGCACUUUAUACGAAGGAUGACUGUUUUUGCGUAGUUUUGGAUUCCGAAGACGAACUCGAUUCAUGGUUGAAGGCACUUUUGUCGUUACAGCACGGCGAUGAGGCUGCCGAUGGGGAGGCUCCCAAACCUACUUUUGAACACGUAUGGCAAGUGACCAUUCUGAACAGAGGCCUGGGAACGGGAAGAAUCGGCAACUACAGAUUAUGCCUCACCGACAAGAAGUUGUGUUUGGUCAAAAAGGAAUGCAACAAUUCCAUCCUCAGUUUGACCCUGUCGAACAUCAGAAGUUGCGGCAGUUUGAAAAACUACUUCUUUCUCGAGAUCGGCAGAUCCAGUCUUCUCGGACCUGGUGAACUAUGGAUGGAGUCUGAAGAUGCUACUAUUGCUCAAAAUAUUCAUGCGACGAUUUUCCACGCGAUGUCCACCAACAGCAAAACUGACGAGAUGCGCGUGAGAUCUUCAUCGGCGACAGAAUCUUCGAAACCGUUGAAUAACAGUUACAGGAAACAGGUGAUAUCGGGGAUUCCCAAAACGGCCACCCACAUGUUCAAUAACAUCGGCGGUCCGGGUGGGGUUGUGUCUAGUAGUCCGGCAUCGACAAUCAGCCACCAACGCACUCAGUCAUUGCCCCUCACCGACCAUACCCCUACGUUCGCACCAAUCCUCCCCACCGCCAACAGUACCAUUUCCACCGAUAAUUACACACUAUUUCAUCCGUCGGCGCGUGCCGUCAACGCGACGAACACGUCAAAUGUCAAUGUCAAUAAGUCCAGGUCGAAUCAAACCGCCAAGUGCAGAGAACGUUGCGACAGCAUGCCGUCGAGACCUCGCACUGCCAGCGAGGGCACCCACCCCCUUCCCACGUGGAGGCCUUACCUGGCACCGAAUCGGUCCCACGGUCGGGACAUAUCCCACAGUCCGCCGACCGGUAGUCCCAUCAGCCCCCCUAGCGUCGGAUGUUCCACGGACUCUGCAGGAUCAUCCUACAGUUUGACAGACGAAACAGACAUGAUCUGCACUGAAUGCCCUGACGCCGGAAGGUACAACAGCAUCCCUCUGACUCCAGAUGAGGCUAUCGCCGAAGAAGAUUGUCCCGAAAGUCCUUGCGGCAUGUACGACAGCUACGUCCGCAUGGCGCCGCACAGUUCCGACGACGGCUACGUCGAUAUGUCGCCGCGAUGCCGUCACACGACUCACUCGCCCACUGCCAGCGUCAGUAGCGUCGUAUCCGGUACGCCGAGUACCGAUACCCGCUUCUCCGACUAUCCCUUGGACAAAGUCGCAUCCUAUCUCACCUCCGAAGACGACGGUACCCGACCCACCAGAGCGUACUCGUUCGGAUCCAAACCGGAGACCUUCAGAGGAAAGAAGCACGUCGAGAUGUCGGACAGCGCGAGAGUCAGAGCUUUCAGCGUCGGCUCGAAAACCAAGAAAGGUCCCAGCAGGAUUUUGUCCCAUCAACAACAUCCUAACUUGAAGUCGAUCAGCGCACCGAUGCUGAGCAAUUCGAGGAAUCACAGCUCGCACAGCUCCAUCGAUCCCAUGGACGAUUUGAUGGAAUUGGAUUUUUCGAAAAACGGCCUCAAUAACAAUACCGCCGCCACUCCUACUGCCGGUACCACUACCACCAACAACGGUUACGUGGAAAUGAAGCCAGGCGUCGAAAUAUUACCGAAAAAAACGGAAGUAUCGCCGUACGUCGACAUGUCCGGGUCUUCGUACAUGGACAUGAGCGGAAGUUCGCCGUCUUCGAGACAGGAAGAAUACACUUCCUUCGUAGACAUCAACAGGCAGUACAGACUUCCGACCAACAAUAACUACAUGGACAUGGAUUGUAGUAGUUCCAGGAAACCCAAAGUCAAACCGUCGACGUCCCCAGCAUGGAGCAACGACUACUUCGACAUGUCGGCCAACAGCUCUCGUCGAUCCGACCGCGGCGCCUCGUUCAGCUCACAGCAAUCGACGUCCUCCUCUCCCAGAAACGCCGACUAUCUGUCGAUGAACUUCUCACCCGUCGACCAACCCAAGACGCCCGAGGGCUACGUUGAGAUGACCAUCGGUAAGAAACACCAGCGCCAAGGCAGCCUGGACGGCAACCAGAGCGUUCCCGUCAACGAAGACUACUUGAACAUGUCCGUCGGACCAAAGAAGAAGCCUUCGAAGAACUCCAAAGUCAUGUCGCAACCGAUUUUGAUUCAUCCCACCACUACUACCACCUCGCAGGUCACCAAGCACUCGUCGAGUCCCAUAUCGAUAUCGUCCCUUCUCGGUAGGAAAUCGUCGACGGGAACGCCGCCCAAAAUGCACCUGCCGCUGUCGUCCUGGUCCACCAACUCCCAAUACUCGAGCCUGCCGCGUCAACGACCGCGUAAAGACUCGAGAGAUAGUUCGAGCUCUAGCGUAACGACGCCCAGUAGCUCGAGCACCAUUUUCCCCAUGAGCUUGAACAGCCCCAGCUCGCCCAAGGUCACCAAGCCGGCCGAAUCGCCUUCGCUGAAGGUGCCUUCUUCGAUCUUGGGUACCAUCUACAAGACGAUGAAGACGACGGCCCCAGCGCCUCCGCCGGCAGACGAUUACGCCGUGAUGGACUUCGAAGUGAACAGGAUCGAUAGGGAAAAGGACAAGGAGAACUCUGAUUACGUCAACUAUUCGCCGGCCGUCGAGAGGACUGACAGAUUCGACAGGUUGGAUAGGAAGAAGGAGGCGGCAUCUAGCGAUUACGCGGUGAUGCAGCCCGGAUCUAGAUUGGAACAGCGGAGCGGGAGUUUGGAUACGUCGCCGUUGAUCGGGCAUUUGUCUUUGAUUGGGUUCAAGGAGAGUCAGUCGAUGUGCUUUCAACCGAUCAAGGAAGACGCCAUGUCGUCACCGGUCGACGAUAAGAGAUUAGGAGACUCGAUGGACACCUCAGACUACGCCGAAUUCAACCCCUCCUCGUCCAACAGCGAGUGCGUAUCGCCCGCCGCCAAAAUCUCCCGGCCGAAUUCGGUCAACAGCGAUUCGGGCGGCGUCAAACCAGCCGCCGCAUCGCUACCUAAAUCCCGCCCGGCUUCCGUAACGUCGGCCUCGUCGCGGCCCAGCUCCACCUCCAGCGAACUGUGGUCCAGCUCAUCGACUCUAGUAAAUUCGCGACCGGGUUCGGUAAACUCGGACAGCCUCGACUCGUCGCAAAAGACCGACAAACCCGACACCAAGCUGCACUACGCCAGCCUCGACUUGGAGGAGGGACGCCCCUCCAAUCGACAAACCCCGUCUAACGAAACCGGCACGACGACGACGCCCUCGGGCGACGCCGCUACGUUCGUGUACGCGGAGAUCGACUUUGUGAAAAGCGAAGACUUAAAGCAGCAGAAUAACAACAAUAACCAAAGUUUAGGGAGUAGCAGCAGUAGUGGUAACGCGAAAGUUAAAAAUUAGGUUUAAUUUUAAUCUCGUUUCAGUAAAUAUGCAUUUAAUCAUCUCCCGGCGCAAACGAGUGAUAGUUAAAUACCGCUUUGCGUCAACUUGCUGACUGUUGAUAGUUUAAUUAGUGUUCUCUUGGCUGCGUUCACUUUUAUUGAUCGUAAAGUUGCUGUGAUCGAUUAAGUUUCUUCAAGCCCAUUAAAAGCACUUUUUAAAUCGCUACUGGACAAAAUUCAGUUAGAAUAUAUUCAUUUUAUCUAUAAACUAUCAGAUGUCAUCCCUCGUUGCUUACUAGCCUUUGAAUACAACACUAGCAGUUUUUAUUGCUGUAUUCUUAAUAUCGUCACUCAACCUCAUUUAACUCUUCCUCUGAUGCUUUUAUCUCCAAUAUUUCCUUCUUCUGUUUAUUAUCUUAUUGUGCCUUAAAGUAUGAAAAGCUUCCCUGGCACAUUUCCCUUAUUAGCCUGUCAUUGUAUCAAACGGUGUACAAAUAAUAUUUUAUUUGGCUAAAUUGUUUCAUAUCACUAGUCAAUUGCUUCUUCUCUUUCAGUGCUUGUAUCUAGCAACCCAUCGUCUUCUUUAACCAAUAUUUUUGUUUUAUAUUUGCACUCCUUAAGUUGUACGUCUUCCACCUCACGUUUGCCCUAAGACUUGUUAUAUUUUUCCAUAACUCUCGAGUUUUAGGUCUAUCUUAAGAGAUAUACCUUUAGAAUUGCCUGGACUUGCAUUAUGAUCUCAAUUUGUUGAUGUUUCAUGAGACAUUCCAUGAUUUGUUCUCAGGCGUUUCUGGAUUAUCUUUGAUAGUUUAUGAAUACUUCCAUUUGUUGGACAUCCAAUACUUUCCAGGAAUCCAUAAUAGUCUGAGACUGUUGUGUUUUCUAAGAACACUAACAGCUCUAUCUGGAUAAGGUACAUCGUGGUUUCUUGGUAUUAUCUAAGAAGAAUUUGUUGCCUUAUAUUUGGUUCACAACUCUAUCUGAAUAAGGUACCUUGUGAUUUGUUGACAUUUCUUGAGCCAUUUAAUAUGUUCUCAGACUAUUUUUGGCCCAGUAUUCAGUGUAGCUGAUUCUCUAAUGAUUUGUUUUCAGACGUUUCUGUCAUUGUUAAUGAGUUCUUUCAUUUGUUGAACAUCUGGUAGUUUCCCGAAACCCACAACAGUUUGAGACUGUUGUGUUUUCUAAGAACUAAAAGUUCUUUUCGAUCUUACAGCUCUAUCUGGAUAAGGUAGAUAUCUUGUUAUUUCUUAGAGUUGACUGAGAAAAUUCAUUGUUUCUUGAGCCAUUCAAUGAUCUGUUCUCAAAUGUUUCUCGAUUCUCUUUCAUAAUGAGCUUUUUCAUUUUCAAGACUCUUCUGUGUUCUAAGACCUCUGAGUUAAUUCCGAUGUUCUGGCUCAUCUGGAUAGGGUACCUCGUGAUUUCUUGGUGUUGCCUGAGAAUUUUUUGAUGUUCUUGAGCCAUCCCAUGAUUUAAUCUCGGACUAUUUUUGGGUCAGUAUUUACUAUUUUUUUUUUCCUGGGCUCGUCUGACUAUGUCUCCAAAUAACACUGAAGCCUAUUGGCUUAUUGUGUAUUUACUAUAGAUAAUUCUCUAAUUUGUUAUCAAAUAUUUUUGCACUCUCUUCGAUAGUUGAUGAGCUCUUUCAUUUGUUGAACAUCUGAUAGUUUUCUGGAAUCCACAACAAUCUAAGACUGUUGUGCUUUCUAAGAACUUGACAAGUUCAUCCCAAUUUUUCUGCUCUAUCUGGAUAAGGUAGAAGAAUUUAUCGAUGUUUCUUGAGCCAUUCCGUGAUGUUCUCAGACUAUUUCUAUACCAGUAUUUGGUGUAGCUGAUUCUUUAGACUCCCAAACCCAGUUUAUGGCUCUAUAUUCAAGAAGAAGGUACCUUGUGGUUUUUUUAAUGUUUGCCGAUUUUUUAUCAAACUAUAUGAUGUACAUCUGAUAGUAUUAAGGAACCCAAAACUGUAGAAAUUCUUCGUGAGAGCUCUAUAGCUGUUAUAAGAUUCGGUGUAUAAGACGAAUUUUAAUUAAACUUAAUUUUUCACAAGUAACUUUAUGAAUCUAGACGAGUUAAAAAAAGUGAAUUAUGCACGAUUUCGCGUUUCAGAUAAUGCAUAUUUAUCUAAGGAUUGUUUCGAGAAGCGUCACUUGGAGGAAAAUAAGAGGCAGAUAAUGUUUGAUAAGGAUUUUUGUUUUGUUUCGGGUUCGAUGUUGGUUGGUAAUCUUUGAACAAACUUUUAUAUAUAAAAAUAUUGUUUUGGUUUUUCUUAUGUUUGAUUUAGCGUUUUUAAAAAUAAUAUUGACGCUGACAUGUUUUUCUGUAUAUUUUUUAGUUAUUGGCUGGAGAUGUUGGUAUCUCGUUUAGAGUUGUAGGCGUAAUUUUUAGAGGAUUUUUUUAAAUUGUACCUAAUUUAAGACGAAAAAAAAAAACAUGUUUGCUUUUAUUUUCCUGUUUCGUAUAUACAGGGUGAUUUUUUUAAUUUCUUACAUGAAAUAAUGUUGAAUCACUAUAAAAAUCUCGCCCUGUAUGUAGAUUAAAAAGUGACCGGCGUAUUUUGGUUUUUUUUUUAAGAUUAAAACUUGUACAGACGUUGGUUGAUUUUUUUAUUAAAAUUUUAUGAAGUUUUUAUAUCGUAUUUUCAUAAUAGGUGAGUAACCAGUUUGUAGAUUAAAAAAAAUUAGUUUUAUUAGCUUAAUGUAUUUAUUACAGUGUCUUUUUAAUAAAAUUAAAACUAAAAAAAAUAUACAUUAGUUGACUAACAACGAGCUGUGUGUCAUAAAAUUUUGAAUCGUCUAUUUUUACCAAAAAGAACAUCCAUUGUUUUGACACUUCUGACAGAUGAACGAAAAAGUUAAAAUGCUUACUGCGAUUUUAAGGUUGACAAGAUCAGAUUAUAGGAUUAUGUCCACAAUAUUUAACAUUUUUUAUUUCUUUUAUACAAUUCGUUCUUUCUAAAAACCUUAAUUUUGAAGUUAUGUUCCAUUUACCUUCUACAACUAGACUUGAAAUUCGUAUCUACCGAUUGUUCGUUGUUUUGAUGCAAACAACUGGUUAAUGUAAAUAAUUUUCCCCUGUGGACUGUAGUGUUCUGUUAUAAAAAGCCAAUUUCCUCACUUAGUUAUGAGUGAGGCUGGGCGAUUAUUAAAAUG